CCCCCUACCAGCCCCCCAUGACGCAAAUUAAUUAAUCUCUUCAGAUGCUGUUGCAGCAGAGUUGGUCCUAUUCAGAGAAAGCCGGGUGGAGGACAACAGUUGAUGAGCAAGAAAAGCCACAUUGAAGUCUCCGAUUUAUAAAUAUUAUAUUUACGGGAAGAAAAAGAUUAUGGUUAUAGUGUUUUAAAAAAAACAAAAUGGCACAGAAUAAUAAUACGUUAUUACAUCUCUUCGCGGGGGGAUGUAGCGGCACAGUGGGAGCCAUUGUGACUUGUCCUCUGGAGGUGCUGAAGACCAGGUUGCAGUCUUCAGGCAUCACGCUCCGACCCAUGUUCCAGGUCCAACUGGGCACGCUCAAUGGUACUGGGGUCAUCAGACCAGGCUCAGGCACCAUUACACCACCUGGCCUGCUGCAGGUCUUACGGUCAAUUCUAGAAAAAGAGGGUCCAAGGUCUCUUUUCCGGGGACUGGGUCCAAAUCUUGUCGGUGUCGCCCCUUCAAGAGCUAUUUAUUUUGCUGCCUACAAGAAGUCGAAAGAGACGUUCAACGGUGUCUUCGUCCCUAACAGCGGAGUGGUGCACAUGUCCUCAGCUGGCUUUGCAGCCUUUGUUACAAACUCCCUCAUGAACCCCGUCUGGAUGGUUAAGACCAGGAUGCAGCUGGAGAAAAAGGCGCGAGGGGAGAAGAAGACGAACGCGCUGCAGUGUGCCCGGUACGUUUACAAGACCGAGGGCAUGAGAGGUUUCUACCGGGGUCUGACGGCGUCCUACGCUGGCAUCUCCGAGACCGUGAUCUGUUUCCUCAUCUACGAGACGCUGAAGAAACGCCUGAACGAAGCGCGCUUCACGUCGCCGAACAGCGAGACGGAGAAAGGGGCGUCCGACUUCCUAGGCCUGAUGAUGGCGGCUGCCUUCGCUAAGGGUUGUGCUUCCUGCAUAGCCUACCCACACGAGGUGAUUCGGACAAGGCUGCGAGAAGAGGGCAGCAAAUAUCAGUACUUCUUCCAGACAGCCCGGUUGGUGGCAGUGGAGGAGGGCUACACUGCGUUUUACAGAGGACUCAUUCCUCAGCUUAUCAGACAGAUCCCCAACACAGCCAUCGUCCUCUCCACCUACGAACUCAUUGUCCACCUGAUGGGAGACUCCUCGCAAUGACAACGUGUUUUGGUCGGGCCCAUCGGAUGGAAGGGCAACAUGAUGUAGCUGUACCCCAAGGCACGUUGGCUAAGAAAGAGACUAUCGUGCAAUUGCAGAAGAAAGGAAACAUGUUUUGUUUUUUGUGAACUGUUGGUUUCUCUUGAGGGAAUUUGAAAGCAGGUUUUACUGUUAUCCAAAGGACCUGAAACUGAUUUUUAAGGCUGCAUCCCAAAUAGAAAACUAUCCCCUAUCCCUAUUUAGGGCACUACUUUUGACCAGAGCCUUAUAGGCUCUAGUCAAAAGUAGUGCACUCUGUAAGGAAUAGGGUGCCAUAGUGUGCUGGUCUAAAGUAGUGCACUAUAUAGGGAAUAGGGUUCCAUAGGGCUCUGGAAAAAUGUUUUAUUUUAAUGGAAGCAUGUUAUGUUUAUUAAGGUGUUCAGAAUAAUUCUACGCUCUCAAGAAUUGUGGUACUUACGACAGGACAACUCUAGCCCGAGUCCCAGAUCGGUUUGUGCUUUUAUUACCAACUCCACUGCUGUCAUUUUGAGUUGUAAGUUGGCAAGACGACACAAACAGAUCUGGGAAUCCGGCUAGGACAACUCCAUGUCCCGAGAAGAACUUUAGUUUCCGUUUUGAAUCAUACGAGGUAAAGAGGUCACCGGAAUAGGUGGGCCACUGUUAAGUUCAACUCAAUUAAAUCUUGUAUUUGUAUUGUUAAAUGUUGUUUCUCUGACGGCUUAUCCAUGUUGAAUGUCCAACGGUCCACCACUUUCUUUGGCUACAGGCUAUUUCAUUACGGGUUAUUUCAUUACGGGUUAUUUCACUACGGGUUAUUUCAUUACGGGUUAUUUCAUUACGGGUUAUUUCACUACGGGUUAUUUCAUUACGGGUUAUUUCACUACGGGUUAUUUCAUUACGGGUUAUUUCAUUACGGGUUAUUUCAUUACGGGUUAUUUCACUACGGGUUAUUUCAUUACGGGUUAUUUCAUUACGGGUUAUUUCACUACGGGUUAUUUCACUACGGGUUAUUUCACUACGGGUUAUUUCAUUACAGGCUAUUUCAUUAAAGGUUAUUUCAUUACAGGGUAUUUCACUACGGGUUAUUUCACUACGGGUUAUUUCAUUACAGGCUAUUUCAUUACAGGCUAUUUCAUUAAAGGUUAUUUCAUUACAGGGUAUUUCACUACGGGUUAUUUCACUACGGGUUAUUUCACUACAGGUUAUUUCAUUACAGGUUAUUUCAUUUCACACUAAUGAUGGGAAAGAAGGUGGAGGCAUAGCUAGAGUUGUUAUUUUCCAGGCAAAAGCACACACACUCAUGAUAGUUUAUUUAUUCACUACCACACGGUGAAGUUUUGAUUAGAAUUAUCGCUGAGUAACGCAUCAUAUUUAACAUGACGAAUACAGAUUAAUCUGUAAUAUUGUGUUUGUUAAAGAACAUGGUCAUCUUUUACAAUAUAACGACAACGUGAAUGCUUAUUUGACCAGUGGCUCAAUAAAAUUGCAUCAAUAAGUG